AUGUCUGAAGGGGAUGAAAAGAGUCUUCCCAAAGAAUGCAAGCUUUUAUCUAGUAUCCUCUAUACGUCAUGUAGCUUCUUCCUGGCCGAUUUGCACUACGACCGCCUCGUUGCGUCCAGCAAAAGCUUUGCUUGGCCUACGCCACAACGACAAGACUUUGAUCGAGCUCUCUACCAAGCAAUCAGUACGCGUGCUCAUCUGACGCUACGUAUACGUCUUCUGUGUGGCUCUGAUGGUCUCUUUUCAGCAGAAGCCUUCUCUUGGGAAACUGUCACUACAGACAGCUCUUGGACCGUUCUACUAGAUGUCCGUCCGGUUGACGCAGAUUUGCGACUUGUGCAGCACAAAACAACACUUCGCGAGCAUUACGAGGAGCCUGUCAAGCGGCUCGGCACUUCUUACACCGCUCAUCAGGAGGUGCUGCUCUACAACAAGCAAGGCUUGAUUACAGAGGGUACCAUCUCAAGUAUAGCUGUUCGGAGGCAAGGGAAGUGGAUCACGCCGCGGGUUGAGAGCGGUUGCCUGGCAGGCGUCAUGCGCCGGUGUUUACUCAACCAGGAUAUGAUCACUGAAGGCGAUAUUCACAAAGACGAGUUGCAGAACGGUGAGUCAGUCAUCAUCUUCAAUGCGCUACGCGGUGUGCUAGACGCCACCUUAGAUCAGGGUACCCAGAAGAAGAGCGUUUCAAAAAGUUAG